GUCUAAAUUGUUGAAGGAUUUAACCGAUUGUGAAAUAAACUGUCGCGAAAAACUGUGAAAAUAGGUUACCGAUCGGUGAAUUGAGUCGAAACAGUCGAUGAUUUAGUUUUUUCCACUGAUAUCAUCCAUAAUUCGAAACGAUACUGUCUUAUACAAUUCGAGCAUAAAACACCUUUGUGAAGAUAAUGCGUUACAGCUCAUACAUGAAAUAAAAAUAAAUAAUUUUAUUAAAGUGAAACGAAAAUAUAAAUCAACAAACGAAGUGCGUAUUUCCAUCGACUAAACCAUAAUAAUAUAUUCGUUGAAUGACACUGAUUAAUAUCGCCGAAGACCUGCCACUUCACAGCGAAUAUCAUCAAACAACCAUCAAUAUGAGUAUGUUGCGAAUGAACAUAUUAAAUCGUGCUCUUAGAAGUUCUAAAUUGAAAAGUAUUUUUCAAAAAGAAUUGUUAAUUUGAAUAAAACGAAAUCAUAAAAGAAUUCUGGUGAACUAAUAAGUGAAUCUGUGAACUGAAUUGGUCAGCAUACAACAAUAAAAAAAAACUUUAAUUGAUUUGUAGUUGACGCAUAGCGCAAUUUGAUCGUGACAAUAAUUCAAGAAACUCUUGAGUUAGCAAAGAAAAAAUUGUACUUAAUUGAGGAUAAUUAAAAAGUGUAUCACAAAAAAGAAAUCGUCGAGUGCCUUUUGAUCAAUACGACAAAAAAUAAAAUAAAUUUAAUUGAAUUGGGCGGAUUGACUGUCUGUGAUUUUCGGUCUGUAGUGCUAAAUGUCAAGAACGUUUUCAAUUGAUCAAAAAACUUUCAAGUAAAAAUUGUGUUGAUUAGACAUUCAUUCGACUGGACAUAUCGUUUUAGCAGACGUUCCAUUUAAAACGUAAUGAUUUCUGGAAGUGAAUCAAUAGAAUUGUAUUAUUUAAAGUAUUACACUGAUCGUCAUUCAAGCCACAUCAAUUCAUUGGAAUCCAGCCGAUCGUAUAGCCAUAAUCCAACCCCAGUCAUCCGAAAGGAAUCGACCAUUUUCGAUAACUCAACAUACAUUUCAUCCGACACUGUUGCUGCAACAUUUAAUAUGCUUAUUGUUCGACUGGCUAUCGGUUUGGCACUUGUUGGAUGGAGAGUGAAACCAGAUCCCGGCGACUGACAUCGAAUAUUGGAUAGCAUUUCCGUUUGUCAACCAAUUAAAACAAUCGUAAUGGACUGACAUCUUCUAGCUACGAAUAGAUAGCACAACUGUAAUUUGCCGAGCGUUAAGUGGCGAUGUGUUAAAAUUUUAUGAGAAAGAAACUUAAUUAGAUUUUGUUUUGUGAUACCGGAAAAGACGCAAAAGACAAUAUCGAUGUGAAUACAGGAAAUGAUCAAAGACAUACAAUUUUAAGUGGAGAUUAGUUUAAGCUACAUAUAAUCGAUAUAUCGAACUAUGCGAGAAAACCCCGUUAAGCGUAUUUAGCGUUUUAUCUUUUGUGUAACUUUUUUUUUCGUCUCGAGUGAGCUGUUAUUUAUUUACCGUCUUUACGUAACAUAUAAUUACUAUUUGAAAAUGCCUAUCGCUACCAGAACAUCAACUGCUAAUCAAAAUCAACGAAAACCGACAAGUCGAUUUUCAUUUGGAAAACGUACUCAUAGAACUCAAAAAGAACAUUUAGAAAAUCUGGAACAAAUAUCGGAGUUACUCAAAGAAUCCCAUACAAAUUCUAGUCAUGCCAUACUUAACGCAGGUGAAGAUGAUGAAAUGUUCGUGGUUGGUUACCAACGAUCGCCGAUCAAAACGGCAAUGUGCUGGAUUGGUUUCAUCAUCACCGGUGGUCUAUUGCGUCUGUUGAUGCAUUGGUGGAAACACUGGUUCCUAUUAGCAACGCACCGAUGCUGCCCGUUGGAAUAUGCCGAAAAAGUCUUGGUCAGCGAGCAUUACGAGGGAAAGCAUACGGUUUAUUAUGUCAAAGAUGUGAUCACACUGAAUGCGGAAACGAUGAAAUUGAUGCAAUUGGAGAAGGAGAAAUGGUUGGACGUUGUUCCGUUUGAAGACAGCACAAAUGAGUUGCCGAAUAGACUUCCAAUUCACUUUCAAAGUGGAAUCUUUAAACUUAUCGAUUCCAUACGAUUAUUUAAAUGCAAGCAGCUUCGAUACGUAUGGGACACACAGACUAGUACUUUUACUAAACUUAAAGGGCUCGAUUUCAAUGUUCCAAGUGUGGUUUUACAUCAACAAAAAGGUUUAACGAAGGCUGACCAAUAUGCCCGUCGUUUGGUCUACGGAUACAACAAAAUUGCGAUACCUUUGAAAAGUGUCCUCACACUACUGUUCCUCGAACUGCUGAAUCCAUUUUAUGUUUUCCAAGUAUUUUCGGUCUGCCUUUGGUUCUCAUACAACUACUACUACUAUGCCAUUGUGAUCGUUCUAAUGUCCGUAUUUGGCAUAUCAAUGUCCAUCAUACAAACGAGAAAAAAUCAACUUGCACUGUACAGAACGGUUAUGACCACUGAUUCAGCCAAUGUGAUUGACAGCGGUGGAAUUUCCACACUAACUGAAACAAAAUAUUUGGUACCCGGUGAUGUUUUGGAAAUACCAUCGUCGGGAUGUACAAUGACAUGUGAUGCAGUCCUUUUAUCCGGCAAUUGCAUUCUCGAUGAAUCCAUGCUGACAGGUGAAAGUGUUCCGGUUACUAAGACGCCGCUACCUUGUAAGCGUGACCUGAUAUUCCAUCCGAAAGAACAUGCAAGGCAUGUUUUGUUUAGCGGCACAAAGGUUAUUCAAACACGAUACAUUGGUACGGAGAAAGUGUUAGCUGUUGUUGUAAACACCGGCAAUAUAACUGCGAAAGGAGGCCUGGUUCGCUCUAUCUUGUAUCCGCCUCCAGUCGAUUAUAAAUUCGAACAGGAUUCGUAUAAGUUCAUCAUGCUGUUGGGUUGUAUGGCUGGUAUCGGUUUUAUGUACACCCUGUUUACCAAGAUUUCCCGUGGAGUGUCUGCUGGAAAAAUUGCAAUCGAAUCUUUAGAUCUUAUAACAAUAGCUGUUCCACCUGCUCUUCCCGCUGCAAUGAGUGUUGGAAGAUUCUACGCUCAACGUCGAUUGGAAAAGAACAACAUUUACUGCAUAUCACCGAGAUCGAUAAACGUUUCUGGGAGCAUUGAUUGUGUCUGUUUCGAUAAAACUGGUACACUAACUGAAGAUGGACUGGACAUGUGGGGUGUUGUGCCGAAAGCGUCCACAAACUAUUUCCAAAUACCAAUGCGUCAGGUCGAUCGAUUACCUUAUGAUCACUUCCUUUUCGGUAUGGUUACAUGCCACUCAAUCACUAUUAUGAAUGGAGAGAUGAAGGGUGAUCCGUUGGAUCUUAAAAUGUUUGAAUCAACCGGAUGGCAAUUGGAAGAAGCGAACGUCUCCGAUGAUACAAAAUACGAUCUUCUGUUCCCCACAACUGUGAAGCCACCGAAAGAUGCUGUCUUCACAGUUACUGAAGGUGACAACUAUGACGGUACCUUGAACUCAAUGGACAUAGGUAUCGUACGCGAGUUCACCUUUACCAGUUCAUUGCAGAGAAUGUCGGUAAUAACACGAAAACUUAUGGACAAGAACUUCAAUGUGUACUGUAAGGGUUCACCGGAAAUGAUCCUAACAUUAUGCAAGCCAGAGACGAUCCCAAAUGACUUUCAUUCGAAAUUGGACGAAUACGCUCAACAAGGAUACCGUAUCAUUGCUGUUGCGCAUAAGCCACUUAGUCCGAAAAUGACCUAUGCUAAGGUGCAACGAAUAUCUCGUGAAAAAAUCGAAUGCGACUUAGAAUUCCAAGGUUUUGUUGUGUUGGAAAAUCGACUGAAGACGGAUACAAUUACAAUUAUCAACAAUUUAAUGUCGGCGAAUAUCCGAACAAUUAUGGUGACUGGUGAUAACAUACUGACGGCUCUGAGCGUUGCCCGUGACUGUGAUAUGAUAACAAAGGGACAAAGUGUAAUAAUUGUUAAUACCAGGCCGCAUCCAACCGAACCGGGAGCCUACGAAUUGUUUUACAAUCUAAAUGGUACAUCAGGCAGACCAGUUAUGAUGCCAUUGGUUACUAAUAUGGUUGAUGGUGAUUUGGGUGACGGUGCGGCCAAUAUGGGCUGUCAUUCGUCUAUUGCACAGACACCGAAUGGAUACGGCGGAGAGUAUUGCCUCAUGACCAAUAGUAACAGUGUUGCAAGCCUUGAAAUUGAUACGUGCACACAGACAACAAAUGUAACGCAACGUGAUGUGGAAGCUGGAUACCGGAUGAAAGAGAAAGCUGAUGACGAUGAUUACGACGACGAGGAUCCAUUAAAAUUAGUGCCUGAAUUACCAAGUAACAAUUACCGGUUUGCCAUGAUUGGUAAGACGUGGGGUAUUAUUCGCGAUCAUUUUCCGGAACUGUUGCCAAAGUUCGUUACUCGUGGCACUAUAUUUGCGCGAAUGGCACCGGAACAAAAACAGUCUCUGAUAUUGGAAUUGCAAGAUCUGGGAUAUUAUGUUGCGAUGUGUGGCGAUGGCGCUAAUGACGUAGGUGCGUUGAAAGCAGCUCACACUGGAAUUUCCCUGUCGGAAGCCGAAAGUUCGGUUGCCUCGCCUUUUACAUCAAAGAAUCCAACAAUAGCCUGUGUUCCGGACAUUAUAAAGCAGGGUCGUGCAGCUUUGGUAACGUCUGUCGGCAUAUUUAAGUAUAUGGCUGCCUAUUCGCUGGUUCAAUUUCUAUCGGUGCUGAUUCUAUACUCGAUCGAUUCGAAUUUAACGGACAUCCAGUUCUUGUACAUCGAUCUGUUUAUGAUAUCGGUGUUUGCGUUCUUUUUCGGAAGGACGGAAGCGUAUGACGGACCCCUGGUGAAACAAACACCACUCAGUUCGCUAGUGUCCAUGACACCAAUAGCAUCAUUGGCACUUCAUUUUCUUGUCGCAGCAGCCUUCCAAGUUGGCGGAUGGUUUCAUCUCCGUGCACAGGAUUGGUUCGUUCCGUUCAACUACACCGAAGAAGCGAAAUUCAAUCAUGGAUGCCUGGAGAAUUAUACCGUGUUUAGUAUAAGUUGCUUCCAGUACGUCAUUCUGGCAUUCAUUUUCUCUAAGGGAGCACCGUACCGCAAGUCAAUACUCACAAACUACGGAUUUUUGGCUGCCAUCGUACUGAACGUAGCUUUUUCGAUAUGGCUGACUUUGGAACCGCCAGCAGCAUUAGCGAAUGUUUUCGAAUUAGUUGUACCGCCGGACAGAACGUUCCGGGCGUACAUCAUUGGUUAUGGCGCACUGAAUUUUAUUCUAUCGUUAUUGAUUGAAGCCUUUAUCAUCGAUAGAUUGUUUAUGCGUAAACUGCGAUACCGUUUCCAUAACAUUGAAAAAUCGCGCCGUAAAUUCCUUUCAAUUGAAAAUAAUUUGCGUCAGCAACUAGCUUGGCCACCGCUUAGUCUAUAUCAGAACUAUACGCCGUUAAUUGAGAAGGAGCCCGCACAAACAUUUGCCGAAAUCUACGUUGAAACUGGUCUGGACAGUGAGCUACCAUUCGAUAAAAACAACAGCGUUCUCAACAGUUUCUUCGAAGUGAAGCCCAAUGAAACAAUGCCACAGAAUCACUCGACGCAAUCUCUCGCCGACAAUACUACUGCGAAACCAGUCAAUAACAAUGUAUUUGACGAUGACAGUUCAGACAGUGACAGUGACUAUGAUGAUGACCCACAUAAUCUACCGCAAACGAACACUAAUAAGCCAUCCAAUCCGAAUCCGGAACCGAGAUUCAACAAUGACACCAAGAUUACAGCUACUAGCCAAAUGACUACCUACAAUCAACAUUAUUUGAAUGGGCACGAUGAUGAUGAUCACGUCCGUACGAUGUCAUUAGAAUUGUCCAACAUAAAACUAAGCUGAAAUAUACUCCAGUGGCCACAGCAUAUAGCCACACUACUAUCAACACAAAUCGAAUGGGAUGUUUUCGAUUUGAGCGAUGCGGGAAAAUUGUUUUUGAUGUGGUCUAAAUUUGAAAUAGUCUAGAAAAAGCAAAA